GGGAAGCCAAUGAGAGCCGUGGGCGGGCCUGGAGCAGGCCCGCGGAGCCAAUGAGAGCCGGGGGGCGGGGCUGGAGCAGCUGAGCCCAAAGGCCAGAUACCCUUGGAAAAGAGGAAUGAAGCCCCUCGCCGAAUGGGUGGCCUUCUGGAACUGUCCCCUUGACUGAAGACCAAGAGCCUGCCUGAGGGUACAGCCCAGCCUGUUCCUCCAGCGCUGGGGUAAUCUCCACUGCCAGGUGUUUGUCAGCCAGGCCUUUCUAAAACCCUGUUAGUUUGAUCCUCACCUCUCUGCAAUGGCUUCUGGAGGGGAGGGUCCAGCCGAUGGCUCCCCUGACUGGGCUGACACCAGCAUUGAUCUCAGCUCACCGGGCCUCACCAAGGCCAGCGCCUCCAUGCUGGACAGCGGGGAGGACUUUGAAGUCCUAGAUGAGGAUGACGACGAUGACCUGAGUGAACUCCCCCCUCUGGAGGACAUAGGGACGGGAAGGGCCCCACCAGCCAGAGAUGACACCCAGAUGCCUGGGUCAGAGCAAGCCCCGGAGGAGGUCUCCAACAUGCCCCAGGCAGCUGAGGAGUGGCUUGAUGUCUUGGGGAGUGGCUUACUCAAGAAGAAGACCCUGGUGCCAGGUCAAGGUGUGGAGAGCCGGCCGCGCAAAGGCCAGGAUGUCACCGUCCGACUCAAGGUGAUGCUGGAGGAUGGCAGCGUGGUGGAGGACAAUCCCAGCCUUUCCUUCACCCUGGGAGACUGCGACGUCAUGCAGGCCCUAGACCUGUGUGCACAGCUGCUAGAAAUGGGAGAAACUGCCUUGAUCAUGUCAGAUGCCAAGUACUGCUUCGGCCCGCAGGGCAGGAGCCCCGACAUCCCGCCCCACGCAGCCCUCACCCUGGAAGUGCAGCUGCUGGCCGUGCAGGAUGCUCCUGACCUGGAGCUCCUCCGGGGGAGAGAGAAAAUCCAGCUGGCCAAUCGCAAGCGGGAGCGCGGGAACUUCUACUACCAGCAGACGGACUACGUGCUGGCCAUCAACUCGUACGACAUCGCCCUGAAGACCAUCAACUCCAGCUCCAAAGUCCUCUUCAGCCCAGAGGAGGAGGCUGAGCUGCUGGAGGUGAAGGUGAAAUGUCUCAACAACCUGGCAGCCUCUCAGCUCAAGCUGGACCAUUAUGAGGCUGCCCUGAGAUCCUGCACCCAGGUCCUGGAGCACCAGCCAGAGAACAUCAAAGCCCUCUUCCGCAAGGGGAAGGUGCUGGCGCAGCAAGGCGAGUACAGCGAGGCCAUACCCCUCCUCAAAGCCGCUUUGAAGCUGGAGCCGUCAAACAAGACUAUCCAUGCGGAGCUCUCCAAGUUGGUGAAGAAACACGCGGAGCAGAAGAACGUGGAGACCGCGAUGUACAGGAAGAUGCUGGGGAACCCCAGCACGAGCAGCACCCCUACAACAUGCAAAGCCAAGUCGCCCCGGGCUAUUCCCUGGAAGUGGCUCUUUGGCGCAACAGCUGUAGCGCUUGGUGGCGUGGCCUUGUCUGUUGUCAUAGCCGCAAGGAACUAGUGUCAUCUGUGGAGAGGCCCAAGGAGCUGGGCCACGCCCCAGUCUGCCCCACCAGCUGCCCCGGCACCUCCGGACCUGCACCAGCGCGGACUGUCUGAUUUCCUCCCACCAGAGAGGAGCCGGAGCUCUGUGCAUCGCUCCCCUCCCCGUUACCCACUGAUUGUCUAUCACAGAAACAACUUUCUCUGCCAGAGGGGCCUGGCACCCCAGCGCGUGAGAUCAGCAGUUGCAGCAGCCCCUUUGCAGCAGGAUGGGGCAUGGCUGGAGGGCUGGCAGGCCAGGUGGAGAUGCCCAGAGUGGGCGAGCCCUGUAUGUGUGGGACGAAGAGCCUGGCAUUUCCAUGCAUUGACUGCUGGUCCCUCAUCCUCCUGCCCCGGCAGAACCUGCGACCUGGCGCCGGAACAGCUAGUGCACCGCUGGCACCAUCUGCCCCCUUCUGAUGGUCAGGCAGGAAGGGGCUCCCCUAAGAACCAGUCUAGGUUAAGGGAUGCAGCUGUUUCUGGAGGAGGGUAGAGCAGGCAGGGCUUGUGUGGCCAUGACUCUGGUUCUGCAGGGUCAGGGCCCAUGGCAGUGGCUGCUCUCCAUGCAGCUGUGGGGGAGGGCAUGCAAUCAGCACCCCAUCCCCUAGGUACUGGGAGCCCGUGGGUGCCAUUGUGAAAUGAGCUUGGCUUGCCACAGUACCACAACCUCAGCUGCCUCUUGCAGCAAAGCUAGCGAGGGCUGGCUUAGAACCCUCUGUUUUCCUGUUGUAAAAGCUUCUCGUGCCACUGCAGCCACCAUGCGCUGUGCCAGGAUUCCCUGGGUGAUGGAGGUGGCCCCUUGGCCCUGUCCCUGGAUCCCCAGACAGUGGGGCCGGCCAGCAGAGCACAGCCCCUCCAGCAGAUGAUGUGGGGGCUCUCUAAGAGAGCGCCCUGCCCCUCAGCAUUCAUGCACACACUUGCCAAGCACCAUGUGGCAGGAACGGUGCAGGGGUGAAAUGUCUGCGUGUCUCGUGUCCAUUUCAUCCCUCUGUCUCCUAGGGGUUUGGUCUCUGCAGUCCCCCUAGGGAGGGUAUUUCCCCAUGGCCUGUAGCUCUGUCCAGCCCAGUUCCUCUGCCUCCCUCCCCAUUGUGCAGCAGGGCCCAUGUCUUGUGUGUGUCUACACUGUCCUACCAGCUGUGCGGCUAUGGAGUCAAAGUACUAUUCUCUCUCUUCUCCCACCCCCCCAUCAACUGUGAAAAUCCCCAAUAAAAGGACAAGUCUCAAUUGCA